AUGAAAGCAAAAGCUGACAAGUCCAAAGAUGGACUUUUGCAAACACAACUUGGUUUUGUCACUUCUAGUGUAGAUCCAACUUCGUGUCCAAGUAUGUAUGUUGGGAAGUUUGGUAUGGAGAAGAUGAAAGAAUCAGUGGCUCAUUGGAUACUGAUGCAUGAGCAUCCUUUUUCUAUUGUGGAAGAAGAGGGAUUCAAUUUGAUGCAAAGAAGAGGAAUGCCUAAGUGGCGUGAAAUUACAAGAAAUACAGCCAAAACUUAUUGCAUCAACGUUUAUGAGGCAGAAAAGAAGAAGAUGAAGAGUUUAUUAAAAAAUGUGAACAAAAUCAGUCUCACAACGAAUUGUUGGAAAUCAAAGAACCAAAAGAUCGGGUACAUGGUCAUUACAGGUCAUUGGAUUGAUGAAAGUUGGCAAUUACAGAAGCGUGUACUUAACUUUGUUCACAUUCCACCUCCAUAUCGAGAUCUUGAAAUUGCGAAUGCUAUUUGGCGCUGCUUGGAGAAUUGGGGUAUCGAUGGUAAGAUCCACACCAUAUCUGUAGAUAACGCGUCUGCCAAUGAUUCAGCUAUUGAAAAUCUGAAGAUUUAUGUGAAAAACAAAAGAAGACUACUUUGUGAGGGAAAACUAUUCCACGUAAGAUGUUGCGCUCAUAUACUUAAUCUCAUUGCUCAAGAUGGACUUUCUGAUAUUAAAGAUAUUGUUGAUGUUAUACGUGAUAGUGUAGAGUAUGUCCGACGAUCCGAUGCAAGAUUUAAAAUAUUUUCUGAGAUAGUGAAGCAAUUGAAUUUACCAGACAAGAAGUUAGUUGAUGAUUGUCGGACAAGGUGGAACUCAACAUAUGAAAUGUUGGCUGCUGCAAUCAAAUUCAAAGAUGUCUUCCCAAUGUUUGCUGAUCGGGAACCACAUUAUGAUAUUUGUCCAAGUGCAGAGGAUUGGACAAAAGCAGAGAAAGUAUGCUCGGUAUUAGAGCUAUUUUGGACAGCUAUGCACAUUGUUUCCGGAAGUGAUUAUCCUACUUCAAAUUUGUUCCUUAAUGAGGUGAGCAGAGUAAAAGUUUUGUUAGAUAAGAAGUCAUUAGAGCAUGAUAUAUUCAUUCAGAACAUGGUUGCAAGAAUGAAGAACAAGUUUGACAAAUAUUGGGGAGAUACUAAUUUGCUGAUGUCUAUAGCAGCUGCUUUGGAUCCAAAGUGUAAGUUGAGAGCGCUUGAAUUCUGCUUUCCAAGACUAUAUUUUUCAGGGAAUGUUGAGAGGCAAAUUACUAUUAUUCGGAAGACGUUAUAUGAGCUCUAUUCUGAGUAUGUGGCUAUUUCUAACAUUGAAGACGAGUCAAUUGGAGAAGGGCAAAGAAACAAACUAUCGAAUCGAGAUCUUGCAAAUGUUGAAAUUCAAAGUGGCUGGUCUGAGUAUGCUGAAUAUCUGAAGUCAGUGGAAUCUAUUCAUUCUCAAAAGUCUGAACUUGAUAUAUAUCUUGAGGAAAACUGUUAUAUAUUUGAGAAGGACAAAAAGGAUGGGAAAGACUUUGAUGUUCUGGAAUGGUGGAGAGUUCAUGCAUUGAAGUAUAAGAUUUUAUCGAUAUUGGCAAGAGAUAUUUUAGCUAUCGCGAUCACCACUGUUGCUUCUGAGGCUACAUUUAGUGCGGGAAGUAGAGUAAUAGACAAAUAUCGUGCAUCAUUGACUUCAGAUACGGUUCAAGUAUUGAUGUGUGGAGGAGAUUGGCUGAAAAAACGCUUUGGAGUGAAGAAAAAAUCUUUGAGUGACAAAAAAGCAAUAUAUGUAAAUUUGCCUCUCGAUGGUGAUGUGUCAAAGGUUUGA